AGCGCGGCCUCCUCAUCCCACGCAGAUCUCGCGGCCUGAGGGUGGGACGGCGGCCGGAGGCUUGGCUGUAGGUGGUACCCGGACCGCGAGAGCGAACUGGGAGGGUGGGGUGGGGGGUCUCCGGAGACUUCGCGAGAGAGGCACGGGCGAGGCUCAGCGCGACAGCCGUUGUGAACGCAGUGGCCGCGAGCCAAGCCUGUACUGCACGGAGCCCGCGAGUGCGACCUGCGUCUUUCCCGGGGCCGAGGCCACGCGCAGCCUCCGGACGAGCCGCAACCCCACGCAGUGAAUCCGAAGGCAAGCUUUCUGGACCCGACGCUCUGUAGGCCACGCCUGGGCCUGAGAAGAUGGAGGGGGACCAACGGUCCGGCCCACCCGCCCAGAGCCUGCUCCCCGAUGGCCACUUGGUCCUAUGGACGCUGUGCUCCGUGCUGAUGCCGGUGUUAAUCACCUUAUGGUGUAGUCUGCAGCGGUCGCGCCGGCAGCUGCACCGCAGGGACAUCUUCCGCAAGAGCAAGCAUUGCUGGCGAGACACCGACCUGUUCAGCCACCCCACCUACUGCUGCGUGUGCGCGCAGCACAUCCUGCAAGGAGCCUUCUGCGACUGCUGUGGGCUCCGCGUGGACGAGGGCUGCCUCAAGAAGGUCGACAAGCGCUUCCCGUGCAAGGAGAUCAUGCUCAAGAACGACAAGGCCGCAGAUGCCAUGCCCCACCACUGGAUCCGCGGCAACGUCCCCCUGUGCUCUUACUGUGUAAUCUGCAGGCAGCAGUGUGGCAGCCAGCCUAAACUGUGCGAUUACAGGUGCAUUUGGUGCCAGACGACAGUGCACGACGAGUGCAUGCGAAGCAGCUUAAAGAGCGAAAAGUGUGACUUUGGAGAAUUCAGAAAUCUCAUCAUCCCGCCAAGCUAUUUAACUUCUAUUAACCAGAUGCGUAAAGACAAAAACACAAAUUAUGAAGUGCUUGCUUCUAAGUUUGGAAAGCAGUGGACCCCAUUAAUAAUCCUGGCCAACUCUCGUAGUGGAACUAACAUGGGAGAAGGUCUGUUGGGAGAGUUUAAGAUUCUGUUAAAUCCAGUCCAGGUGUUUGAUGUAACUAAGACCCCCCCGCUCAAAGCUCUGCAGCUGUGCACUCUUCUUCCUUACCGCUCAGUUCGAGUCCUUGUUUGUGGAGGGGACGGAACUGUGGGCUGGGUCCUCGAUGCGAUUGAUGAAAUGAAGAUUAAGGGACAAGAACAGUACAUCCCAGAGGUUGCGGUCUUACCUCUGGGAACAGGCAAUGAUCUGUCCAAUACCCUGGGUUGGGGUACAGGCUAUGCUGGAGAAAUUCCGGUUGCACAGGUCUUAAGAAAUGUAAUGGAAGCAGACGGAAUCAAACUAGACAGAUGGAAAGUUCAGGUAACGAAUAAAGGAUACUACAAUUUAAGAAAACCCAAGGAGUUCACAAUGAACAACUACUUCUCUGUUGGACCUGAUGCCCUCAUGGCUCUCAAUUUUCACGCUCAUCGUGAGAAGGCACCAUCUCUGUUUUCCAGCCGAAUCCUUAACAAGGCUGUUUAUUUAUUCUAUGGAACUAAAGAUUGUUUAGUGCAAGAGUGUAAAGAUUUGAAUAAAAAAAUUGAGCUAGAACUGGAUGGUGAGCGAGUUGAGCUGCCUAACUUGGAGGGCAUAAUUGUUCUGAACAUUGGAUACUGGGGCGGUGGCUGCAGACUGUGGGAAGGAAUGGGAGAUGAGACUUACCCUCUAGCCAGACAUGAUGAUGGCUUACUGGAAAUCGUUGGCGUCUAUGGGUCUUUCCACUGUGCUCAAAUCCAGGUGAAACUGGCAAAUCCUUUUCGAAUAGGACAAGCGCACACAGUGCGGCUGACUUUGAAGUGCUCCAUGAUGCCGAUGCAGGUGGAUGGGGAGCCGUGGGCCCAAGGGCCCUGUACUGUCACCAUAACGCACAAGACACACGCACUGAUGCUGUACUUCUCUGGAGAGCAGUCGGAUGAUGACAUCUCAAGCCCUUCGGAUCAUGAGGACGUAAAGGAAGCCGAGUAGAAUGAGAUGAAGCAGCACCUGUGACGUGUCUGUGACAUGUCAUCCACAGGGUGCACGGUUGGCACCGCAGCCGCCAUUUCACUCCUAGUAUUGUGUGUGUGAGCCACCUAACCAGCGUUUCCACAGCUUGACUUCAGUGUCACAGACACAGGCUCUUCUGUCAGCCACACGCUCUGAUCAUUUGUGUCACUAUUUGGAAAAAAAGGUCCACAAAGACAGAAGGCUCCUCCUGGCUGGACACUUUACGGCUGGCCUCGCGCUGCGUUAUGCACUGCCCUGGUGGACAGGACGUGGAUGGGAAGAUCCUUCCCUUUGCUCUGGAUACGGUGACAGCACGUUAAAUGUUGAACGUUGGCUUGCUUUUUGAACUGCUGUGGUUAACCCGGGCUUCCUCCUGCAGUGUGUUUCCUAAGAUAGCCCACACCGCAAACCAGACGGACUCUACAUUCUGAUUUUUAGGAGCACCUGAGGAGAAAAGUGAAAGAAAGAUGGCACUUAGCAUUUUCACAGUAGUAUUUCCUGUAAGGCUUCCAGGUGUGUCGAAACCAUGUAGAACUGAAGUGCAAAGUCUUUUUGUUUGUUUGUUUGUUUGGGCAGUACUAGGGAUUGAACCUUGGUCCUCUGGAAGUGUAGAUGAAUGCUUUAUCAUUGAACUACACCCCAGCACUAGUAUGUGUGCACAUGUAUAUAUGUACACACGACUAGAUAGGUAAAUAGGUCUAAAGGAAGGUUUAAAAAACUUUGGGUUGGAAGCUCUACAGUUCUCCAGCUUUUCUGUAGACUAAAAGAUAUUGUUGACUGGAAAAAAUACACAGGUAAGGGAAGCCUCCAAGUCAGGUGAGUUACUCAGACAAACUCCAGGCUGACUGCCUUCAAGUCACUGCAGGACUGCUGAAGCGCUACCCUCGGAGAGGGAAGCUCUGCUAAGAUGUUUAUAUCAUAUUUAUUUCAAAGUGAGAAAGAGAUAUAUUUUUAACUUAUUGUUCACCUUGUGGCAUGAUGCUUCUGUUUAGCUUUUACAUUGUACAGCUUUAUUUAGUAAAGUGGUCACAAAAAUCUGCUGGUCACAGUCACAUAGAACUCUCUCUCUCAGUUACCAUGGCACAUAUACUCACUCACCUGUGCUCAAUCUGCAGACCUCAAAAGGGAGAGCACAUGAUGAAGAACUUGGGGUUGCAAGGUGUCCCUCCACCCAUCCAUUACCAAUUACCAAGUACUUAUUGAAGGCAGGUCCAUGGCUUCCCAUUAGAGGGCGCUCUUCUACUGCUGUCUGUGGCCUGCCUCUGCAGUUAGCCCCACCAGUGGGCAUCUAACUUGGUGUGUUUCUGACAAUGACACGUUUCCACUUGGUGGUCUUAUACGAAUUAGUUUUGAAAAACUAGACUCUAUUCCCAAAACCACCAUUUAUCUCCCUCUUAAUAGUUUAUUAUGAAUCUACAGUCAGUGAAUUGCCAUAAACUUCAAUUUUAGUCACCUCAGGCCUAGACCAUGUUUUUGAAAGGACAACUUAGUAAAUAAAAUAUUAGCGAGUACAUUAUCUAAAGUAAUUUUACUCUGCUUAAUUAACCUCUUCCACCGGGUCCUGGGUGAUGCCAGACUCUACCACUGAAAGAUGUUCCACGGGUUUGUAACAGCUUCUGCCUUCACCCUGGGUAGCUGCAGCUGAGGUUUGAGAUAGCUGUGAAGGUUUGCAGCUUUUUCCUUGUGGACUGAUCCUGUUUGGAGUGUAGUGAAAUUCAUCCUUAGAUUCAUGGUCUGAGGCAUACUGUUAGAUUUAUUGUGGAUGCAGUUUACAUGCCUGUAAUUCAUAAUGCUCUAUUUGUGGUAAAACAACUUAUUAAUUCUGGGCUAUCAGUCAAAAUAGAGUAGCUACUGAGAUACUCCAGGCAGAGCAGACUUGGUGUCCCCUCACCACGACACACCAUGGUGUCUCUCUGAUGCCUUACUCACAUUCCAUUAUGUAACUUCUCACACUCUGAGUCACUAGUUACCCGGCAUUCCAGAUAAAUGAAUAGGCACGUGCCUUGUUUGAAUACAGUUUGUAGUGCUUGGUGUUUGCAAGUUAUAUAUUAGAUGGUGAACUUAUUACCAGGCCUAAAUACUUCACAAAAUGAUUCACUAUGAGAUCCCUCCGAUCCAUUUAAAGUUGUCUCCAUAGCAACACCACCUACACAUUCUCAGGAAAAACUCUGAACCAUCUCUUUACCUGUUUCCACAUCGCUCGUCUCUUCUGCUCUUAAUACAUUCCUCAUGCCUCGUGAACUUACUGGCGUAAACUCCGAAUAGAUCCUUAGGCAGACAGUUUUCAAUGCUUUAUAGAGUCGGAGGCAUUUCUGUCUCAGCAUAGACGUCGUCCAGUAGUAAGGUAACUGUAGUUAAAUGUUUUAGACUCUGCAACUUAGCUGUGAGCCUGUAAUGUAACUGAUAUUUAUAACAAUUUUAUACAGUGGAAACUAUUUAUUUUAUUUUUUUAGAGUAUGGAAAUCUGUGGCAAUUGCCUUUUGAGUAUUUGUGUGCCUGGUUGUGACUUAGGCUGACUCAGAGAAGUUCUUCUUGUGCUGUGUAACUUUAGUACGUCUACCAGCAUGUCAGAAAGUAACUUUUAUCUGUAACGUAAAGUAAAAUAUUUCUAAUGUACACUGUGGGAUUUUUAUUUGCACUAGCUAGAAAACUUGAAAGGUUAUAUUAAUUUGCACAUUAAUGUGGACCUAAAUACAUAAUCUGACCAGAAAGGUCAGUAGAAUAGGUGAUAACGUCAAAAUAAAAAUAUUGAAGCAAAAAGCCAGCACUUUAUAUUCAGAAAUGAGGUGGGAGGGAGUGUUAAUUUGGUUUCUGUGACUUUUUUUUAAACUUCUGAUGGUUUAGGACAGGAUAUUAAGUAGAUUAUUUUUUAAGAUGUAUUUAUUUGCCGGGCAUGGUGGCACACUCCUUUAAUCCCAACACUUGGGAGGCAG